GUGAAACAUGUGCCAUCCGCCUUGCGAGGAGAAGUUUACUCAUAUUUAGAAAGCCUGUACGAAUCGGUCGCGGAGACCCUACCGGACUCAGACUCAGGAGCCUCUGCCAAUUCAGAUUCAGGUUCCGAUUGCCAAUUAUUUGAUCUUCCAGAUCCGCCUGCCAGUGGUGCCAAGAGAGAGGUCCGAAAGUUACCGCCUGGGACAAUGUAUGAAACUUGGCGUCAGUUCCGUGAACUGGGAGGCAAGGGUGGAUUCAAAUUGUUUUGGUCCACGUGGCGGGAUGAUUGGCCAAUGCUGAAAUUUCGCAGGGUCCGAAGCCAUGCUGUUUGUUCCACGUGCGUAAAGCACAAGCUGUUGAUCAGAUCUUUGAGCGGCGAUUUGAACCAACGUCUUAAACAAAGACACCUGUUCGACCUUCACUUGAAGAACCAAUAUCGCGACCGACAGCGAUAUUGGAGUCUACGAACUGCAAGUCGAACAUUGACGUCAUCCAUAAUUUGCUUGACGAUCGAUGCCAUGGAUCAAUCAAAAUACGCAUGGCCUAGAAGCUAUUUGCUAGACGCCAAGGAGUUUGAAUCAUUUGUCAGACCUCGGUCACAUGUGUAUGGCACUUUGGUGCAUGGCUUCUUCAGCAUGUUGACCGUGAGUCAUGCCGACACGUGUCGUGGUUCUUCUUUCACUGCUGACUUGUUGGCCCACAUCUUCACAGUUUUGAGCAAGCAUGUGGAUUUACGGGAGAAGGAGGUUCAUAUACUCCUGGACAACGCUGCAGGCAGCAACAAGAACAAUACAAUUUUUGCCCUGUGUGGCCUUAUGGUUAUUCUUGGAGCUGUGAAGAGCAUUCGUGUGCUCUUCUUACGCGUCGGCCAUACGCACGAGGACCUGGAUCAACUAUUUGGUCAGGCCUCAACGUUCCUACGGCAUCAUUUACGCUUUGCGGAGACCAUCGACAACAUCAGCGACUGUCUGCAGAAAUUCCUGCAACGCGUGGAUCGCCCACAUGAGCCAUUGAAGAUAGUUCGCAGAUUGGACACCGUCCGUGAUUGGAAAACACACCUGCAGUUGCUAAACCGACAUUUGCGGGGCAUCGGAGGCCCGCGUGCGCCUAAAGUGUUUGAAUUUGUGCAACUCAAAGGAUUGCUGCCUUCUCAUCCAUUGAAGAGCAAAGGGCUGCCUGAAGAUGUGGUUUUGCGCUGUCGGCCUUUCCUAUGUGAGGAUAGGUACACUUCUGAACUGGUGUACCUUCAGAAGGAGCAUGUCAACCGUCUUCCUUCACCGUUGCCGGAAAGCGUUUGCCCCCGCUUGCCCAAGAGUGCAAACUAUGUGAAGAUGAUCAUGAAACAUGCUGAGUUGCUUGGUCAGAGACCCUUCAAUAUGACGAGGGCAAGCCAAGCUUUGAAAGAUUGGGUCAAGGAAGUCAAUCCUCCAUCGGAAUUGCUAGACGUCUCGUAUUGUCAGAGACCUGGCUCGCAUUCUUACUCCCAGCCUCCAACCACAUGCUCCAAUGUUGCUCCACAGGAUUUUGAAGUCCGCACAGCUGAUGUCACAGUUGGCAAUGCGCCUGGCGCACGGCCAAAACGGCCUCGUGCGUCGGAAGAAGCCAAGUUUGUGUACUCUACAGCCGCAGAGCUUGUUCGAGAUGACCAGCAGAACUGGGAUGAUGCUUUGAAGCUUGCCCGGUCUUUGUGGGCUCGCCUACCCAAAUCCACCAAAUCCAAAGGUCGUAAGACUCCCAAGGAGAAAAUUGCUUACGACUUGGACCUUGAUGAUGAACAUUCAGAUGUAGAGCCAGCAGCGCUGGACAUUCCCGUCCCUGAUAUUUGAAGCACGCAACCUUUUCAGGUUUCAC